AUGGUGAGCCCUGCAGUUACAAACAUUGUUUUCAUGCUUGUCAUGAUGCAAUUAUCUCGUCGUAUUGAUUUAGAAGAUGAAACUAUUAUUAUGUACGUUAGAACAGCAUAUCUAAUUUCGGUUGUCUCUGCCUACAUUGUUUACCAAAUAGUGAAACAAAAAAUUGUAGCUAAGAAUGAUUUGACUAAAGUCAAAGUUGUUACUCCAAAGAACCCAAUGAAGCCAGAAGAAUCUGAAAAAGUUAAAUAUAUGACUGUUAAAGAGUACGAUUUGGAACAAGUAGAUCAAGCUAUCAAGGGUAUUUGGACUGGUGUGGCCAUGAUGGCUUUUAUGCAUUUAUAUAUGAAGUACACUAACCCAUUAUUUAUGCAAUGUUUGAACCCAAUUAAAGGUGCAUUGGAACACAAUGUUACAAGAAUCAAUUUAUGGGGUGCCAAAGCUGAAGGUGACUUACAAAGACCAUUUAAAUCACCAAGUAUUCUUGAUGCUUUCAUGAAGAAGCCAGAAGAGAACACUGCUGUUGAAGCUUCCUCUUCCUCCUCCUCAUCUCUUUCUUCUUCUAGUGAACCAAAGAUUGUCGAACUAAAAGAUGAAAAAACUUCCACUACCACCACUACUUCUGAAUAA